CGGAGAAAGACAGAGAGGAAGAGAUGGAGAGGAACCGAGUGAGAGGAAAACGGAUAGAUGAGAGGGGGAGUGACAGAGAGAAAGAGAGAAUGAGAGAGAGAGAGAGAGAGAGAGAGAGAGAGAGAGAGAGAGAGAGAGAGAGAGAGAGAGAGAGAGAGAGAGAGAGAGAGAGAGAGAGAGAGAGAGAUAAAGGGUGAGUAAGGGAGACAGGGAAGAAGGAAAAGGGGAGGAAUAGAGAAAAAGAGAGAGAGCAGGAAAAGGGUGACUAAAAUCAAACACCAGAGGAUACAGCAUCAUCAACAGGACAGUGGACUUGCCGGGGCGAUUAUGUCAAAACCUUCAUCUAACGUCAAGGCCCUUCAGGCUAAUUUGAAUAUCCCGAUGGGAGCUCUGCGUCCAGGGGCGGGACAUCCUGUCAGGAGGAGAGAAGAGACAGUAGAUACAGAAGCUGCCCAUUCCCCAGAACCGCCCCAGGCCACGGCUCAGACACCAGAGGAGAAGAAGACGAUGCCGGGCGCAGUGAAACUCCCGGGGCCCGCCGUCAACCUGUCAGAGCUGCAAAAUGUCAAGAGCGAACUACGAUGGGUCACCAAGGACUAGCCCGCAGGAUGCCUCUCGUCUACGGACCAACAAACCACAGUUGUAUCCCCAAAUAUAAAGUUGCAUUCAGUCGUCAACCUUUCUCUGUGAGGCCGAACCACCAGUCCACUGGCACCAAUCGCUGGUGGCAUUCAAGCAAAUUACACCCAAACAAGAAGGCAGGCAUCUGUUCCACGGAGUGAGAUGAUUUCACUUGUUUUCAAUGCAGUUUGACUUCAUGAACUUUCUUGAGAGAAACCUAAAGGGCAGAUGAGUCCACUUAUUCUCAGAUUGAGUUCAGAGAGCUUAGACUGAUUUGAGAAUAUCCUUCUGAAAAGGUUGUGUUGCAUAGGAGCUAAGCAAAGUUCUUUUGCUUGUUUUAUGAAAAAUAAGAAUGCAAAGUGCAAAUGUAAGAUUAAAUUACAAUGACAAUCAGUAAAUUAACUUGAACUAUCCCAUUUCCUGGAGUAAGCUGCGAUAAAAAAGCAAUAACUGUGAAUGCCUUCCUUCAUCACGUGACCAACAGAUACAGAGAAAAACCGUAAACAGCAACUAAAGGAUUCUGACAUCUAACCCAUCUGAUGCUUUAUUUAAAAAACAGCUUUAAUGUAAGACUAUACUUUUUUCCCUAUAUCAUUAAGCCUACAGACUUGUGAUAUUGUUCUCUAUCAAAUGGUGCACUUUCAACUGCUACUGUGCACUAUAAUACAGGAUGAUGUUUGCGUUAAAAUGUGCUCCUUUUUAUUUCAGAUGUUGUCGAUUUUCUGUGCUUUUCAGCUGCUAUGGUUUCAUAAGAAAUAGAUGGAUUUCUUCAGCAAACUGUUGCAAUAAAUCAAAUCUUGGUUCAU